AUGUUGAGUGCGGCAGCUAGGCGGAAAUUUGCGUCCAUACAGUUGCGCAGGCGCUGAGCAGUGUUGUCUCUCCGGCUCGGCAAAUCACUCUGUGUUCGACCGCGAAACUGCGCGCGCGCGCCUCAAUCCCUUAAAAUAAUACGGCCUUAUCGCUAGUGCUUUUACAAGAUUGAUAAGAUUGUUACAUCAUUGUGUGAUAAGAAACAUUCAAGUCCGAUACGGCUCGCGGGCGGACAGUACAUGGAAAUGCUUUAGCUGAUGUGUAAUUAAGUUUGAAGACAACAUACUACAUUGUUGGUAGAAUCAGCGUUAUUGUACUAGAAAUUGUCGAAUGUCACGGCACGCACUAUGGGGACGACGAAAAGGCUGAAGAUUACUGUCGUGGGCGACGGUAUGGUCGGCAAAACCUGCUUGCUGUAUGUCUAUACAAAAAAUGAGUUCCCAGAAGAAUAUGUGCCUACAGUGUUUGACAACUACGUGGACCGCAAAGUGGUCGACGGCGAGGAGGUGGAAAUGGCGCUGUGGGACACGGCUGGUCAGGAGGACUACGAGAGGCUGAGGCCUUUGUCUUACAGCAACACGCAUUGUUUCCUGGUGUGCUACUCCGUCAGCAGCCGUUCGUCCUACGAGAACGUGAUCCACAAGUGGCAUCCGGAGCUCAAGCACUUCAGCGAGUCCGUGCCUAUAGUUUUAGUAGCUACCAAAAUCGAUCUUCGAGGAACAGACAAGGCUGUCAUUACUACUCAAGAAGGGAAAAAAUUAAAGAAAAAAAUUAGGGCUGCCCAACUAGUGGAGUGUUCGGCACUGGAGCGCGUCAACAUGGAUCUCGUGUUCGAGGAGGCUGUGCGCGCGGCGCUGCGCAAGAAGCCUGUGCGUGCGCGAGCCUGCAACUAUCUCUGACCGCCCGCGCCCGCCAGCCCUGAAGCCCAGCAUUCACACGCAAUCCAGUACCUAGGAUUAGUCGCUGGCGACUAAUCCGGAUUAUCUCUGAGUGACAAAUCCCUCACUCACCGAAAUUGUAACACCAAAACACGAGUCGGGAGACAAUAGCAACUCGUGCAUAAAUAAAUGCCCGCGUGGGAUUAGUCGCCCAAUUUUUCAGUAUUACAAAGGCUCAAUUUUACACUAUAUACACUUAUGGCAAUUAUAAUAUUUAUACGUCCAGGGCUUGACAAUCCACAAAAGCGAAUAUGUAUGCAGUGUAUGUGCAACGGCGGAUUGAAAAGUGUGGCACGUGAAAGGUGUAGUAAAUACUAAAUUAUAUGCUGGGCUCCUACUUCCACUUUUUAAAAUUUGUGUUUCGUACUAUUUACCGCAGGCCUCGACGCACAAAGCGCAAUGUCUUGGUUUUGAAACUAUGGACAUAUGCAUAUAAAUUAUAAUAUACUUUUUAAACAUGCUGGACGGUCAUACAAAUACAUAUUAUAGUCUAGCUGACCAGUGGUGUCAAUAGCACUAGACCGCGAGCCAGGAUAUUUCCAUGACCAAUCGCAUCCCGGGCGAUAACUCGUACAUGGUUAACGGCUAUGUAUGAUAAACUCUCGUGGACGUCAGCUGCCCCUCCAUUGGUGGGUUAAGGAAUGGCAGCCACCGAAACACGUAAAAAAAAUUGUCAUCGCCUCCCGUUUGAUACUAUGUCAGAUGAUAGUUUAGAUUUUAUUGUAAAUUGAAAAAAUCGUCAGGCUUGUAUCGCGGUGGAAAGAACGUCAGCUGGUGGUCUGAACAUCUAAAAAAUAAGCGCUUUACCUUUUUAUGAUAGUAAUACCGAACUCAUGAAACUUUGCUUAUAGCAUUUCAUCAGACCUUUCAAUAAACGGAUUACGCAUUACGUUACUUUGUGGACAGCUGACGGUCUUUCCACCGCGAUACAACCGGCUGACGGUUUUUUUAAUUUAACAUAGGAUCAAAACCAUCAACUGACAAUUGUCAAUCGGGAGGCGAUGACUGAAUUUUUUUUUUACAUGUUCAUGGUCUUUCCACCGCGAUACAACCGGCUGACUAUUUUUUUAUAGUUGGUCAAGCAAAUCUUGUCAGUAAAUAAGAACAAAAAAACUACACUCAACCCCUUCUUCUGGGCGCCAGCGCCAGUGCAAGACAAAGACAGUAUGACUUUCCCCGUCUACGCCCGAAAUGAGACAGUCCCUUGACAAACUAUAAUUCAUGAUAGCAUCUAAACUAUCAUCUGACAAAGUAUACGCCGGGAGGCGAUGACUGACGAUAUAUGCUUCUGGCCCGCGGUCUAUAUGUAUAAUAUUCAAUUUUGGCAUGUUAAGAGUUAUGUCGAGGUGUUCUAACCAAAGUAUUGAAAUAAUUGCGAGUAUUAUGAGUUAUCACAUUAUAGUAGUAUCUGAACAUUUUGUUUAACUAUGAGUAUUUGU